AGUGAUUUAUUUAAAUUUAUUGAUAUCAUGUGUUAUGAUAAAACAUAAACAAUGCUAAGGAUACUAUCAAGACUUUGGCAAAAUCUGCAAAAACAGCUUGAGGAUAUAUCAUACUGUUAUAGUUAUUAAAUAUUUUGUGAUAUUAAGUAUUUUGUCAACUUUAACAAAUAAUAUUUCACGGUUCACGGGAUAGAGCGACACUUUUUUUACCAGAUUCAUUCAUUCAAUGCAAAAACGUGUCGAAUAAGACUAAUUAUCAAAAUCUUUCAUGAUCUUCAAAUAAGCUCUAAGAAAUCUGAAAAUGGGGUCCGAGCAAAGUUCUCAAAAUAGUAACCAAAAUGCUAAUAAUGAAAAAACAAGAACAAGUCAACUCAGACGUGGUAAAAGCGUUCCAAAUCGUGAAAGAAAACCAGAAGAUACUCCACCAAGAUGUAUCAGUCCUGGCGCUAGCAUUUGCUCUGAUUCUGAUCUUCCAUAUAUUUCUUAUACAGUGAAUCGACCUAUUGGAGAUUCACCAAAGAUGACAAAUAAACAGUCACAAAUAUAUAGAGGAAAGAGUAUUGGAGUUGGAGAAAUUUCAAGGCGGAAAAACAGCCUAGGUGCAACAAAUCAUAAUCACAAGAAAAUUAAUAUAUCAGACAAGGCACACAGUAUUGUAGUGGUGAAACCAGCUCAAAUAGAUCCUACAGCAGACAAAGAUCCAGACAUAGUAAAAUUACAAAGUAUUCCAAUGUUUCUACCAAUUAUGCGUGGCACAUUGAAUCUGCCACCGGGUGUACGCGAUCCAGAGGUCUUGGAGAGGCUUGACCCUGUCGGUCUAUUUAAUCUAUGUGCACGUUACCAACAUCAUCUAAAUACAAAUGCACAGAUUAUAGCAACAGAACAAGUUACUUUAUGCGCUAGUAUGGAAACGGAAUUUGGCAAGGUAUUAAAUCUUGCCGUGGAUCGACAAAAGAAAUUCGCUAAAUUUGCAGAACAGAUAAAUAAAGUGCACGAGCUUAGCCGUCAGCUGACCAGAUGUCAUUCGCUUCUCAAUCAAACUCUUGAAAGCCUUGAAACACUCAACAAUUUAUUACCAGUUGAAGAGAGGCUCGAGCCCUUUGUCUGGACUACAGGUUAAUUAUAUCCAAAUAAUAAAGAAUAAUAAGAAAAAUGUUAUCACUGUUUUUAGCGAGAAUGGAUUCUCCAUAAAAUAUUUAUAUCCUACCACAAAGAAAUUGUGAUUAAGAUGU